UGAUAUCUUAUAUUUUCCAACACUGAUGGAGCAUUAAUGCACCAUAUAUAUCUGGACCUUAUCAUAAGCAUGCAUAUUUUCUGAUAUUCGGAUAUUGAUGUGGUUACCUUGCAGAUCUAUAAAUCUCACUGAAAUGUCAUUCUAUGCAACUGUGCAUACCUUUUAUAUUGAUCUGUGUAUCGUAUGUAAGUACCACAAAGACGUGAUAAAUCUGGAAGAAGUUGAGAAGAGAAGGAAAAAGAAGGUUGGAAAUCAAGCUUACCUUAAUUCAAAUAUGUUCAUACUCACUCCAGUCAAGUGUACCCCAUGCGAAAGAUUGGAGGCCAAGAUGUUUGGAUUUAUAAAUAGACACUGGAGGGUUCUCUUAUAUCAAGGGUGUUUAAGAUUUAAUGUCGGUACGAGAAUAAAACUGUGAACAAAUCACUUUAGCUCUCAGUUCUUAUAUCAGUCGUGUUUAUGCAAUUGGCAGACAGGUACUCACUGGGCUUCACAAAGGGGACAAAGCUCUCUACAAUGGAU